AUGGCUGAGCCUCCCACCAAGGACGCUACUCACACGCCUGCCCCGCCCACGCCCGCUUCUAUGCCCCGCCCGACUCUCACGCGUUCCUCGCCGCCUCCUGCUGAUCCGAAGCAAUCCGCGGACUUGGGGAGCUCGCCGCUUUCGAGCUGCAGUUCGAGAGAGGAAGACCAUGAUGAGAAGGCCGCGUCUAGUGAUUCGGGGAACAGCAGCGUGGGAGAUCCUAGUUACGGCGGCGACGGGGACUCGGAUUCGCAGGACGAGGAGGAUUCGGAGGAGGAGGGCAUGCUAGAGCGCGGGUCGGAAGCUGGUGGCUUGAGGGAGACGGACCUUUGGAACGACGAGACGACUGCUCUGCUCAGGGAAGCCGCAUACAAGCUCCCGAACCUCGGCAGGCGACACUAUACAGUCCAAGGCGCUUCGUACGGUCGCAACGGUCUGAUCGGAGAGUUCAUCCGUCGAAGGACAGGUAUCGCCCGCGACCGCUUCCAGGUGUGCUACCGCCUCCAGGCACUCAUCAAAGCAGCCAAGGACGACUUGACCGAGAUUGCCAAACUUCGCGGCGCUACGGUCAGUCGCAACGACCUGCGCGGGCGCGAGUGGACCACCUUUCUCGGCCCCGACCUCUUUCCACGUACCAAGCCGAAGCUUUCGAAAGCGAGGGACGACGACGAGACGAGCCGGGAGUUGCCGCCACCCGUGAAACGCAAAAAACACUCGAAGUCGACCAACUCUUCGACCUCGUCAGCCGCACCAUCGCAGCACAAGAAGCCGAGCCAUCGCAAGCCGUACAGCGAUGAUACGACUGCCGCAUCUUCAUCCUCGACUUCUCGUAAGCGCGUUAAGGAGGACGACGAGGCGGCUACGAGACACUUCAAGCCCAGGCCGUUUCCACUCCUUGCCAGCGACUCACGCCGCUUCACGCCGGGCACACUCUUUGGCUCGAGCUUCUUCGUCCCCUCUAUGCCCGCUUCGUACCCCUCGUCCUCGUACAGCCUCUUUCCGCCUCCGAGCGUGCUCGCGUCGACUUUCUCGAUUCCGCAGCCAGAACUUAGCCCGACCAUUUCUCCGCCUACUGCGGCAUUUAUCGCGCCUCUCCUGACCUCCCUCCUUUCCGCCACCUCUCCAAAUCGCGACCCCUCCUCCCUCGUCCACGCCCUCCUCAACUCCGGCCUCUCCACCUCCUCCGACCUCGUCGACUUCUUCUCGCUCGAUAACAGCACGUUUGAACUCUUCCUGGAGGAGUUUGGGAAGCGGAAUGGAGUGGGACCGCUGGAUUUGGCUUGGGUUAGGAAGGCGUUUGAGAAGGCGAGGAAAGAGGUAGCGGGCAUGUAG